AUGUCGGCACAGACGCUAACAGCCAACGAACAGUUUGCUGUGGACAGUUUGCCAACUGUUGAUGGGCCCCCAGACGGAGAUGCUGGCAGGGACACCAUCAGCCACUCUGUGUCUAUUGUGCAGCGUCUCGAGGCCCUACUGCUCCAGGGGAAUGGAAGCGACGUGUUCUUGAGGGUGGAGACACGGAAUGCCGAUGAGGUGAAGGUGAUUCAGGCUCACUCUCUGGUGUUGUCCUUGCAGAGUCCCAUCUUUGAGAAGAUGCUUCUGACUCGUAACAGCAGCACCCUGAUCCUCAAAGAGACCUCUGACUGCACUGCUGUCUUUGCCAAGUUCAUAAGGUAUCUGUAUUGUGGGGAAAUUUCUAUACAUCUGGAUCAGGCCACCCCUUUGCACAAGUUGGCCUCCAAAUACCAUGUGCACAGCCUCCAGCAGGGCCUUACCCACUACAUGACCCAGAAUUUGGCCCGAGAUUCCCCCUCGGCCCAUGUGGUGGGCUGGUAUGAGUAUGCACUGCAUGCCGGAGAUGUAACUUUGAGGGACAACUGCCUUCAGUACCUGGCCUGGAACCUGUCUUCGGUGCUGCAUAAUGGAGAGUGGGUGACUAUCAGUAACCACCUCCUCAUGUCUUUGCUCCAACGUUCUGACCUUAUCCUUCAGAGUGAGAUGGAGCUUUUUGCAGCUUUGGAGGCUUGGAUCAUUCAUAAUGCACCAGAUGGUCUGACAGUGGAGAAUGCAUUGAGAGCAGUGCGCUAUGCCAUGAUGCCCCCAAGGGAGCUGUUCCGCAUACAGACCCAGUCCACCAUUCUGGCUCGCUAUCAGGAGUCUGUGCGUGACCUGCUGUAUAUGUCAUACCAGUUUCACUCAUCAUCACCACUGCAUAUGGCCAAAUACUUUGACGUCAACUGCAGCCUCUUCAUGCCCAGGAAUUACCUGUCCCCAGUGUGGGGCUCACUCUGGGUCAUUAACAACCCCACACGAGAUGAUCGCAGUACCAGCUUCCAGACGCAGUUAGGUCCCAGUGAGCAUGAUGCCAGCAAGCGAGUGACAUGGAAUGCCCUCUUCUCCCCACGCUGGUUACCCCUCAGCAUGCGGUCAGUGUUCACUGAGAUGGGCCCCAUGCAGCCAACACGUGUAGAGGGAGGGCGGCCUUGCAUCAUCAUUACACCGGCCACUUCCAGCGCAGACUUUGCAGGAGUAACCUUCCAGAAGACCAUGCUGGUGAUGGCUCAGCAGCAUGGAAAGCUGGUGGUGAAACACGUAUACAAUUUCCACCAGAGCACAGAGGAAAAUGGCGACUUCUUAGAUGACGUUGAUCUCUACCGCCAAACAUCUGAAUACCUCAUUGAUGGUUCUCUCUGCCUCCACAUUGUUGUAAAACCUUUGUACCAAACUCUCAUAACAACCAAAAACUGAACUUGUGGACAAUCCCAA